AUGACAUGGCAGCCAACCACCUUACAGGGCCACCUUUACCCGUCUAAUACGCCCAGGACAUUAGGCUCUCCACAACCCGUUCUGUCCCCGGUGUGGCUUAGGCAACGGUGGGUGUUACCAGCACCCGGAGUGCCAAGUUUCCCAGUGGCCACUCACGACUACAGCCAGAAAGCAUCAACUUACUCCUACCCCUCACAGACCCGGCCAUCCCCCAGUCACUGUGCUCCCCAAGCUGGUUGCCCCCAAAGGAGAACGCCCAACCUCACCCAGCAUCAGCAGCACCAGCUCAGCACAUGA